UGUCCGGACAUUCGAUGGGCUCACACGAAAAAAAAAAAAUGAAAAUGAAAAUCCUCUUCAUCUAAGCUCAUUUGUUCUUCUUCAUAAUUAAACCCCCUCCCCCUCGUUCCGUGUGAGGCACAAAAGUCCAACUGGCCUUCUUUUGUUAGGUCGACAACUAUAACAGAGGGGGCGUGUACCAAAGUGUCCUGUUUCUCGCCGCUUUAAUGAUCCAGCGUGUUGUUGUCCCCCCCCUACCAAGUAAAGCUCUUUUGCCAGUGCUGCUUUCCAUGUAUGUACACAACUGCAGCGUAACUACCUACCUUACCGUGACAUGACGUGACGAAUAAAGUCUUGGGUUGGUGAUCAAAUAUGGAAAGAGACAGAGCCCAUUUUUUUUUGUCCCGAAAACGUCUGAUCCCUUUUUGAAGGAUGUCAAUUUAAGUGAACAGUCUAGAAAGGAUUCAGCCAUUCAUGAUGGCGUUAUCCCUGGUGUUUUUGUAAUUGAAAAAGUUGCCCGACUACUUGUGCUGCCAUCUAUGAGUAUUUCCGAGGACGUAAAAUUUGCGCGCACUAAUGUGCAGAGGCUUCGCACACCGCAACCCGUAGCCGCAGUUGCAUUAUUUGGGGAUUUGAAAAUUUCGUUCAGUUCAUACGAUUAGUUCAUUACAUUUUCAUUUCGUAAUUUGUGGAUCCUUAUUUCCUUCUUCGUUUUCUUGAGGCUUGAGGUCACUUUGACCAUCGUGCUAAUUCCGUUAAAUAAGAAUAAUUCUUCCAGUUUUGGUGGCGCAUAUAACAAAAUGCCGGCCAACAAAAACGAAUAUAUUUCGUCCAACUCUAGUACGUCUGACCGAUUUGGCUCUGAUAGGAAAAAAGUUGAAAAUGAUUCUGGCAGCCCGCCUCAAAACAAGACACCCAACAAAUCAGGGUUGACCCCUAUUCGGCCUACCAAAUCACCUGGAACUGGCAUGAAACUUAAAUCUGGCCUGACACCAGUUCGUCCAGGGGUUUCACAGGGGCCAGCCAAGAGCCCAUUUUCUCAAAAACCAAAACUCAAAUCUGGGCUCCAACCUAUUAAGCCAAGUGUGCAAACCCAGCAAGUGAAUGAAUUUGACUGUUCCACAUUUAUUGCUAGAAGAAAGUCAGGCUUAAAGCCAAUUAAACCUGGAGGGACGCUGCCAUGUUAUCCAUCACAAGGCAGGAAUGAUAUUUCUGUAUUAGAGCCAAAACCUUUUACCUUUGCUGCCCCAAAACACAUUCCAAAAGGAGAAAAAAGCUCUGAUGUAGUAGUCCUGCAUGGUGCUUCAAGACGAAAAUCUGGACUGGCACCGCUGAAACAGACUGGUUUCGGAGCGGCAUCUGACCGCCAAUCUAGUUGGAAGCCGCGAUCAUCCAUAUCUCAUUGUAGCGUGCAAGGAUUAGUGCCUAGUGCCAAGAAAACAUGUAAACCUGUUGAAUCAACUCCUUCACUGAAUGUCAUCACUGAAGAUUCUGAGAGCAAUGUGUCUGGAAUCUGUCAACUAGACGACUCUACGGAUAUGUCAGUUGUUUUGCGGCCUCGAACGGGAAAAAGGUUGUCGUCUAGAAUCCCGUUGCCAAGGACUACUCUCGACAGUGCUCAUUUUAGUUCGUCAGAUAUAACGAAAACACGUAUUCCUAAGCGUGUUUUGUACUUUCCGGAUGAUGACGAAAAAGACAGUACUCGCUGCAAUGUUUUGAAAGAUGGGAGUUCUAAAGCGAAUAUAGUUGAUGGACCCUCGACUUUUAAUAACGAUCUGGGCUCGGAAAAUUUGCAUUCGUUAGGCAAAAACCAAGCGAAUGCCACUGAUAGAGAGGAAAAAAGUCUUUUGUACCGCAAGAAAGAAAUUGAAAUCGCUAUUCACAAAAUGUCUUCUGAGUUGAAAGAAAUCGACGAACAACUACGUGUAUUGCAAGAUAAAAGAAAAAAUCAGUCAACGCAUGCAGCCGAAAAUAACAAACAGUGUGAAGACGAUACCGAUAGUCCCUUUGCUCAUGUGGAAGAAGAUUCUGUUGCCACAGAUUCUACCUCUAAUGAGGAUCUAGCACAGCUUCCUGCAGCAGAGGAGUUUGUUUGUGGUGCCAGGAAAUUACUGGAAACAAAAAAUCCCAUGAGAGAUUUGGAUGAAGCAGCGCUUGUACUAGGAAUGUCUGGUUCAUAUUCAGAAAUACUUUCUCCUUCACGCUUCAAAACUGAAGUGGUGCCAGCGGAUGAUGCCAAACCCUCAAUUCAAAAUUUGGCUGUAGAAGGUACUGUUGUCAAAGAAGGUGAUAUGAUACACUUCAUUGCAAAAAACCUUGAAAGCAAAAUUCGGCUGUCAAGUCCUGACAUAUCAGAAGCAAGUCAGAUAGUAUCCCAAUCUGAACUUGCAAAACAUGGCCAGCCAAUAGCAACACCCGAGUCCACUUUUUUAGCACAGUUGGAAAGGGAUGCCAGGAGUAUUGCUGCAAGUGUAGAUGGGCUUACAGAACAUUUGGCAGUUUCAUUACACACAAUUUCGGCAGUGACUGCACAGUCAUUAACUGUUUACAAAGAUUCUGUGUGUAAAACAUGUGAUGCUAUGGACAGUAACAUAAAGUCAAUGUAUCAGCUAAUGGCAAAGUGUGAAGAAUUAAGUAAAGCCAUGACUCCUAUCUACAAGCUUGCUGAUCAAGUGAAAGAAAUAAAAAAGCUGCUAGAUAUAAUGGAAAAUCUCUCCUAGUUUUGACUAAAACAUGGUGGUUUGCUAUUCCAUUUUCUUGUGAAUCUCACUUAUUGAUGUAAAUAUCUAUCGAAUAAUUCUCGCACCGUGUUCACACCCUUGCGAAAAUCUUGCUUCCUUAUUUUCUGUAAACGCCAACAUGCACGACGUAAAAAACAUUCUGGCGAGACGUAAUCCCCGUGGAAUCCUGUUCAGUCUAAUGCAAUUUUAAAGAGAUCCCGUGCUUUGUUGAUCGUUAAGGUAUUAUAUAAUUCUUAGCUCAUACCUGAAUUCUUCUCCAAAUGAACUUCCCGAUAAUUAGAAAUACAAGUACCUGUUGAAAAACA